CGCCACUUUUUUUUUUCUUUUUUUAUUAUAUCAACAAUGUCAUCGACUACACAAACAAAUCGUUUAACAAAAGAAGAAUAUCGAAGGCAGAAGGAUCUUGACGCAGCUCGUAAAGCGGGAACAGCACCAGCAGCUAUCGAUGAUGAAGGCAACGAAAUCAAUCCUCAUACACCUCAGUUUAUGUUAAAUGCUCCUUGGUAUGUGGACACUGGUAAAGUCUCUUUGAAGCAUCAACGUGCACCUGAAAAACGUAAAGGACCCAAGUUUGGUCCUGAUGAUAAUUAUUGGUAUGCAAGAGGAAAACGAGUGGGACCAGCAGCAACAAAAUAUCGAAAAGGUGCUUGUGAAAAUUGUGGAGCCAUUAGUCAUAAAACUCGAGAUUGUGUAGAACGACCUAGAAAGAAAGGGGCCAAAUGGACGGGCAAGAACAUUCAAGCUGAUGAAAUUAUACAAGAAGCUGAUUUGGAUUGGGAUGAAAAACGAGAUCGUUGGAAUGGCUAUGAUCCCAAGGAACAUGAUCAAGUAAUUGAAGAAUAUAACAAAGUGGAAGAAGCAAGACGAUCGGCCAAGGCAUCGGAACUGGAUAAGGAAGGUCCUACAACAACACAGGAAGCAAAGAAAUGGGCUAAACAGAACAAAACUGGACAAUUAUCGGAUGAUGAGGAUAAUGGAAAUGAGGAUGACGAUGAUGAUGACAAGUAUGCAGAUCAAGCAGAUAUGCCAGGACAACAUGUGAAUCAAAAGACAAGAACGACCAUUCGAAAUCUUCGUAUUCGUGAAGAUACAGCCAAAUAUUUACUCAACUUGGAUACCGAAUCUGCAUUUUAUGAUCCCAAAACUCGAUCAAUGCGUGACAAUCCUUUGAAAGAUAAACCGGAAGAUCAAGUCAGUUUUGCUGGUGACAACUUUACAAGAUACACAGGGGAUGCUCCUGAAAUGGCAAAAGUACAAAUGUUUGCUUGGCAAGCCGGUGAUCGUGGUAGUCAAGUUCAUUUACAAGCUAAUCCUACUCAAAUUGCUUUAUUACACAAAGAUUAUGAAGCCAAGAAGGAUAAAGUACGUGGAUCAACUCAAAAAGGCAUUUUGGAAAAAUAUGGUGGUGCAGAACAUUUGGAAUCUUUACCCAAGGAACUCUUAUUGGCACAAUCUGAAAACUAUGUGGAAUACUCAAGGACUGGUCGGGUCAUCAAAGGGCAAGAAAAAGCAAAAGCGAGAUCAAAAUAUGAAGAAGAUGUUUUUAUCAACAAUCAUCAUUCUGUAUGGGGAUCUUAUUGGUCAGAUGGUAAAUGGGGUUAUCAAUGUUGUCGUUCAUUCAUGAAAAAUUCAUAUUGCACUGGACAAGCUGGAAUUGAAGCACAACAAAGUUCAGCUCAACUUUUACAAUAGAUAUCAAUAUACUUCUGAUUAUAACCUUCAUUUUAUUUUUUGACAACCUUAUCAAUCAAUUUUUUUUUUUUAGUUUAGUUUAAUCUAGUCUAGUUGUAGUCAUAGGAUGUAUAUGUAGUUUGGAAUAAUGUCAAAAAUAAAUAUAUAUAUUUAUAUAUAGUGUA